AUGGCGUCUAAAAUCAUCUUGGUCACUGGGGCAAACACCGGCCUCGGAUUCGAAACAAUCAAAUCAUUGUGUCAAUCAUCUAAAUCGUACACAAUUCUUCUCGGUGGUCGCAGUCUAGAAAAGGCGAAUGCUGCUGUCAAAGCUGCGCAAACAGAGUUCCCUGGAAGCCCCAGCGUCAUCGAGGCGGUGCAAAUCGACAUCGAGGACGAUGAUUCGAUUGAUCGACUUUUCAACCAAGUUCUUCUUCAACAUGGACGCAUCGAUAUUUUGAUCAAUAAUGCGGGGGCUCUGCUCGAUCAACAAUUUUACCAGGGCAAGAUGACUAUGAGAGAGAUGUGGAACAAGUCUUGGGCCGUGAACACAACAUCAACUCAUGUUGUAACACACACGCUCAUGCCUCUGCUCUUGAAGUCGUCUGACCCAAGACUCAUUUUCAUCACUAGCGGAACCUCAACCCUUGCUGAAAGCGGAAACACACUGCUUGGGGUCAAUCAUUCACCCUCGAAAGGGUGGCCGAAACCUCCUAACGGAGUUCCAGCUUAUCGCUCCACAAAAACUGGGAUGAAUAUGAUGAUGCGAGAGUGGGUUCGGAUACUGAAAGACGAUGGUGUGAAGAUAUGGUGCAUUUCUCCAGGGUAUCUGGCGACGGGCCUUGGUGGUAGUCAGGAAGUGAACAAGCAGAUGGGAGCAAUCGAUCCUAGGAUAGGUGCGAAUUUUGUUCGAGACGUGGUUGAGGGGACUAGAGAUCAGGAUGUGGGCAAGGUUAUUAGAAAGGAUAAUCAAUGCCGGGCUCGUAAAGUCCGUUGCGAUCGAGGACAUCCGUGUCGCAACUGUCUCCGCCGAGAUGAGGCGCAAUUCUGCAAUUACGAGUCUUCCUCGAUCGGCCGUCACGCUGCGGAGGACAGACUGUCACAUCUGGAGGCCACUGUCAAGCAAUUGAUGCGAAGUCAGACUCUGAGAUCACCUCCCGUGGGGCUUGACGUCCCUGACCCCGAGAAUUCUACGGCAUCAACCCAGGCACUACUUGACUUACCACCUGAUUCAAGUAUCGAUCAGCCUCGAGGUGCAGAUGCUGAUAACAACAGAUACGUUGGUUCAACACAUUGGUCAGACAUUUUGAACGAUAUCCAUGGGUUGAAAGAGAUCUUGGCCCGCUCAGGCGAGGUCCAAGAUUCAGGAGAAUCUAUUGCGUUUGAACCCGCCUAUUCAGGUGAUGAGUUGAUAUUUGGGACUUCGCGGCAUUACAACGUCCAACAUAUCAUCAGUCAAAUGCUGCCUCCAAAAGUCGAAGUCGAUCGCUUCCUUGCUCUCUACUUUCGGGGAGAGACUUUCAUCAUCCCUUUUGUUCAUACGUUCUACUUCCAGCGCCAGUACAAUGCCUUUUGGGCCGACAUGGGAAACGUCAAUCCUCUGUGGCUAUCUAUGCUAUUCUCUAUCUGUUGUCUGGCCUCUCUGGUUGGUGAACAUCAUUCUUCCCAGGAUGAGUUGAUCACUAGGCGAUCAAUCUUGCACGCGGCGGCUGGACAGUGCCUGGUAGCAGGAGAGUACUACCACCCGCAGCCUUUCGCCGUGGAAGCAUUGGCCAUGUAUGGACAUUGCAAGAAUUUGAGAACUCUCGACCCAUCCCGCGAAGCUGGUGCAAUUCUCGCCAUUGUAGUUCGUAUGGCAUAUGAGAUGGGUUACCACCGGGAUCCUGAUUUAUUUGGAAACUUUUCUGUCUUCGAAGGAGAGAUGCGAAGACGUUUCUGGGCAGCCAUAAAACAGAUGGACCUGAUGAGUUCCUUCCAACUCGGCCUCCCCACCAACAUCAGUCCCGAGCAGUCGGACACGAAAUCUCCCAGAAACUUGCUUGAUACUGACUUUGAUGAGAACACUCGUGUAUUACCUGCCUCUCGAUCAAAGAACGAGGUCACGAGAUUGCUCUGGUUCAUUGUCAAGGACAAUCAAAUGCACAGUUUCUAUAAAGUCUGUCAACAUGCACUUUCUUUCAAGGACAAGUCCGAAGAAGAAAUCCGUAACCUAGACGAGGAAAUUCGCAGAAUGCACGAUAUGACUCCUGAAGUUCUUCGGGUACGACCACUUUCUGAAUCGAUUGUAGACCCCGCCUAUCUGGUGAUGACAAGGAUAUUCGUUGAGUUUAUCUAUCUCAAGAGCCUAUGUGCCCUCCAUCGCAGGUAUAUGGCACGAGGGAAUGUAUUCAGCACUGGGGCUUGCGUUGAAGCGGGGACUACACUCGUGAGGCAGUUCAUUGAGGUUUACAGCGAGUUUCGUCCUGGAGGGAUGCUUUACAUGGAGCGAUGGAUGCUGACUAAUUUCACAAUGAAUGAUUUCCUGAUGGGCGUCAUGGUACUUUGCCUCGUGGUGCAUACACGCUGGAGAAGGGAGGCCCAGGAGCCGAUGAUCGACCCCGCCAUGGAAGAUGAAGCAAAAGGGUUACUGGAACGAUCUUUUGAGAUAUGUUCAGAAAAGUCGUCAGUCAGCAGAGACGCGCUUAGAGUCUCCCACGCCAUUCGCCUCACCUUGAAUGGUACCAACCACUGGAAGGACACGACGAACACUACUGUUUCCCACCCAUCGGUGUUGCUUGUCCGUUCACCAGGUCUGACACAUAGGCAAGUUCACGGUAAUGUUUUCGGUGACGAAGCCGCCUUUGGAGCGUUGGAUCCAUUUAAUUUCGCGGGUCAUGAUCUCGAAAGCAUUGAUUGGUCUAUCUUCGAGCUCUCAAAUUCAUUGCCCGAUUGA